AGCCAUGGCAAACACCGACUUCGAGAAGGACCCGGGUUUUCAGUACCUUGGCCUGACCAGAGAGGCCAAGGCCGCAUCUGCUGCUAAGCCAUUCGACUCCAAGAAAAACGUCUGGGUCCCGGAUCCGGAGGAAGGAUUCAUCGCAGCCGAGAUCCAGUCUGUACAGGGAGAUCAAGUGACAGUCGUUACCGCCAAGGGAAACACGGUAACAGUGAAGAAGGAUCAAGCUCAAGAAAUGAACCCUCCAAAAUUCGACAAAACCGAAGACAUGGCUAACCUAACCUUCUUGAACGAGGCUUCUGUCUUGGCUAAUCUGAAGGACAGAUACAAGGAAAUGAUGAUUUACACAUAUUCCGGUCUGUUCUGUGUCGUCAUCAACCCAUACAAGCGUUUGCCCAUCUAUACCGAGUCCGUUAUUAAAUUCUAUAUGGGAAAGAGAAGAAAUGAGAUGCCACCGCAUCUUUUCGCUACUUCUGAUGAAGCCUACAGAAACAUGGUUCAAGAUCGCGAAAACCAAUCUAUGUUGAUUACUGGAGAGUCUGGAGCAGGAAAGACCGAGAACACAAAGAAAGUAAUCUCCUAUUUCGCCAUCGUCGGUGCUACCCAAGCUGCCAAGCAGGAAGGAACGAAAGGAGGUACCCUAGAAGAACAGAUCGUACAAACCAAUCCUGUAUUGGAGGCUUUCGGUAAUGCCAAAACCGUACGAAACAACAACUCCUCUCGAUUCGGAAAAUUCAUCCGAACACAUUUCUCUGCACAAGGAAAACUGGCCGGAGGAGAUAUUGAACAUUAUUUGCUUGAGAAGUCUCGUGUCGUGCGACAGGCUCCCGGUGAACGCAGUUACCACAUUUUCUACCAAAUUAUGUCCGGAUUUGACCCUAAGCUUCGCGAUUCGCUAAAGCUUAACCACGAACUAAAAUACUACCAUUUCUGCUCGCAAGCAGAGCUGACCAUCGACGGUGUUGAUGACAAGGAAGAAAUGGGUUUGACUCAGGAAGCCUUUGACAUUAUGGGUUUCGAAGAUGAGGAAGUGAUGGAUCUGUACAAGAGUUGUGCCGCCAUCAUGCAUAUGGGAGAGAUGAAAUUCAAACAGAGACCACGUGAAGAGCAAGCCGAACCCGAUGGCGAUGAAGACGCGCAGAAUGUCGCCCACUGCCUGGGGAUUAACCCCGAAGAAUUGUUGAAAGCUCUCACCAAGCCACGUGUACGCGUCGGUACUGAAUGGGUCAACAAAGGACAGAACUUGGAACAGGUAAACUGGGCCGUCGCUGGUUUGGGUAAGGCUAUCUACGCUCGUAUGUUCAAAUGGCUUAUCGGAAGAUGUAACAAGACCCUUGACGCCAAGCAGAUCGAGCGUCGCUACUUCAUUGGUGUGCUUGAUAUCGCCGGAUUCGAGAUUUUCGACUUCAACUCCUUUGAGCAGUUGUGGAUUAACUUCGUAAACGAGAGACUGCAACAAUUCUUCAACCAUCACAUGUUCGUUCUGGAACAGGAGGAGUACAAGCGUGAAGGCAUCCAAUGGACAUUCAUUGACUUCGGUCUUGACUUGCAAGCCUGUAUUGAACUGAUUGAGAAGCCCUUGGGUUUGAUCUCAAUGCUUGAUGAGGAGUGUAUCGUACCCAAGGCUACUGAUAUGACCUAUGUACAAAAGCUAAACGACCAGCAUCUUGGCAAACAUCCUAACUUCCAGAAGCCAAAACCACCAAAGGGCAAGCAGUCCGAAGCUCACUUUGCAGUCGUUCACUACGCCGGAACAGUGCGUUACAAUGCCACCAACUUCCUUGAGAAGAAUAAGGAUCCCCUAAACGAUACUGCUGUCGCUCUGUUGAAGACCCACUCAACCGGAUGCAAACUGAUGCUCGAAAUCUGGGCCGACUACCAGACCCAGGAAGAAGCAGCCGAAGCUGCCAAGGCCGGUACCGGCGGUGGCAAGAAGAAGGGAAAGUCUGCCUCGUUCAUGACUGUGUCCAUGAUUUACCGUGAAUCAUUGAACAACCUGAUGAACAUGCUGUACCAGACUCACCCCCACUUCAUCCGUUGCAUUAUCCCCAACGAGAAAAAGACUUCUGGUCUGAUUGACUCGGCUUUGGUAUUGAAUCAAUUGACUUGCAAUGGUGUACUGGAAGGUAUCAGAAUUUGCCGUAAAGGUUUCCCCAACAGAAUGCUCUACGAUGACUUCAAACACCGAUAUGCUGUGCUUGCUGCUCAAGAAGCCAAAUCCUCCGAUGAUGUUAAGGCCGCUUCUAUCGCUGUCACCGACAAAUUGGUUACUGAGGGACAUUUGAAAGAUGAGGAAUUUAAAAUUGGUAACACUAAGGUGUUCUUCAAAGCUGGUAUCCUUGCCAGACUUGAAGACAGACGUGACGAAAUUCUAAAGGUGAUCAUGACCAACUUCCAAAGCCGUGUCAGAUGGUACCUUGGUCUCACCGACCUCAGGAGAAGAAUGCAACAACGUGCUGGUUUGCUCAUUGUCCAGCGCAAUGUCCGCUCAUGGUGCACCCUACGUACAUGGGAAUGGUUCAAGCUUUACGGAAGAGUCAAGCCCCUGCUCAAGGCCGGAAAGGAACACGAGGAAAUGGAAAAACUGUCGAACAAAAUCCAAGAGUUGGAAGAGGCCGUUGCCAAGGGUGAUGAGAGCAGAAAAGAAUUGGAAGCACAGGUAGCUGGACUCGUGGAAGAGAAGAAUCAAUUGUUCCUAAACUUGGAGAAAGAGAAAGCCAACUUGCAAGAUGCCGAAGAAAGAAAUCAGAAGCUAGCUGCCUUGAAAGCAGAUCUCGACAAGCAACUCGCUGAAGUUCAAGACCGCCUUGCCGAUAUGGAAGACCGAAACAAUGACUUGUCCAGAUUGAAGAAGAAGUAUGAGCAAGAGAUUGCCGAGCAUAAGAAGCACGCCCAGGAUCUUGAACUUUCUCUGAAGAAGGCCGAAAGCGAGAAGCAGGCUCGCGACCAUAACAUUCGCUCUCUGCAAGAUGAAAUGGCCAACCAGGAUGAGGCAGUUGCCCGUCUCAAUAAGGAGAAGAAACAUCAAGAGGAGGUCAACCGCAAGCUUAUGGAAGACCUCCAAGCCGAAGAGGACCGCGUCAACCAUAUGGAAAAAGUCCGAGCCAAGCUUGAACAACAAUUAGAUGAUCUCGAAGACUCCAUGGACCGCGAGAAACGAUCACGUCAAGAUCUCGAGAAGGCCAAGCGAAAGGUUGAAGGUGAACUCAAAGUUGCUCAGGAGAACAUUGACGAGAUCACAAAGCAAAAGCACGAUGUUGAACAGAAUCUCAAGAAGAAGGAAGCAGAACUUCAUCAGCUUUCUACCCGUCUAGAAGAGGAACAGUCUCUUGUUGCUAAGCUCCAGCGACAGAUCAAAGAACUCCAAGCCCGUAUUGCCGAACUUGAGGAGGAACUCGAGAAUGAGAGGCAGAGCCGCGCCAAGGCUGACCGAUCACGAUCAGAACUUCAACGCGAAUUGGAGGAGAUUAGCGAGCGACUUGAGGAACAAGGAGGAGCCACAGCCGCUCAGCUGGAAGCCAACAAGAAACGCGAAGCUGAACUGGCUAAACUGCGCCGCGACCAAGAGGAAGCCAACCUCAACCACGAAACAGCUUUGGCCUCACUUCGCAAGAAGCAUCAUGAUGCCGUUGCUGAAUUGACUGAUCAACUUGAACAGCUCCAAAAACUCAAAGCUAAGGCAGACAAGGAAAAGGCUCAACUACAACGCGAACUCGAAGAGUUGUCCUCAUCUGUAGACAGCGAAGUUCGCUCCCGACAGGAUAUUGAGAAGCAGUUGAAGGUUGUCGAAGUACAGUAUGCCGAAGCACAAACGAAAGCCGAUGAACAAUCACGACAGCUCAAUGACUUUGCUGCUCUCAAGAACCGAUUGCACAACGAAAAUGGAGACCUUGGACGCCAGCUUGAGGAUAUGGAGAAUCAGCUAAACAGCCUGCACCGCUUGAAAGCUCAACUCACUAGCCAACUGGAAGAGACCAAACGCAGCUUUGAUGAGGAAGCUCGUGAACGACAAGCUCUGGCCGCUCAAGUGAAGAACUUCGAGCACGAGAAUGACAGCCUUCGUGAGCAACUCGACACGGAAUCGGAAGCCAAAGCCGAACUCUUGCGCCAGAUUAGCAAGCAGAACGCUGAAAUCCAGCAAUGGAAAGCACGAUUCGAAAGCGAAGGACUUGCCAAGCUUGAUGAAAUCGAGGAAGCCAAGCGCAAGCUUCAAGGAAAGGUCCAGGAACUGACCGAAGCCAACGAGAUGGCCUUUGCCAAGAUUGGAUCACUCGAAAAGACUCGCCACAAGCUCAUGCAAGACCUCGAUGAUGCACAGGUUGAUGUUGAACGUGCCGCCUCAUAUGCCGCUGCUCUAGAGAAGAAGCAAAAAGGAUUCGACAAAAUCAUUGAUGAAUGGAGAAAGAAGCACGAUGACCUUGCCGCCGAACUUGACGCCGCCCAGAGGGAUAACCGCAACCUUUCCACUGAUCUCUUCAGAGCAAAAACCGCCCAGGAUGAACUCGCAGAGCAUCUAGAGAGUGUACGCCGUGAGAACAAACAACUCGCACAGGAAGUAAAGGAUCUUGCUGACCAGCUCGGUGAAGGAGGACGCUCCGUCCAUGAACUCCAGAAGAUGGUUCGCCGAUUGGAAGUUGAGAAGGAAGAACUGCAGAAGGCUCUUGAUGAGGCUGAAGCUGCACUUGAAGCAGAAGAAGCUAAGGUUCUUCGUGCCCAAGUGGAAGUAUCCCAGAUCCGUUCAGAAAUUGAGAAACGCAUCCAGGAGAAAGAGGAAGAAUUCGAGAAUACCCGCAAGAAUCACCAACGCGCAUUGGAAAGCAUGCAAGCAACCCUGGAGGCAGAGACCAAGCACAAGGAAGAAGCACUCCGUAUCAAGAAGAAGCUUGAAGCUGACAUCAACGAACUUGAAAUCGCAUUGGACCAUGCCAACCGAGCAAAUGCCGAUGCUCAGAAGACUAUCAAGAAAUACAUGGAUACAGUUCGCGAGCUGCAAUUGCAGGUUGAAGACGAACAGAGACAGAAGGAUGAAAUUAGGGAGCAAUUCCUCAACUCCGAAAAGCGCAAUGCUAUCUUGCAAACGGAGAAGGAGGAGCUUUCGCAAGUGGCCGAAGCAGCCGAACGUGCCAGACGCAAUGCCGAAACCGAUUGCAUCGAACUCCGUGAACACAAUAAUGACCUUUCUGCACAGCUCAACGGAAUCACUGCUAUCAAGAGAAAACUCGAAGGAGAAUUGCAAGCCAUGCAUGCCGAACUUGACGAGACCCUUGCCGAGCUCAAGAAUGUCGACGAAAUGGGCAAAAAGGCUGCCGCCGAUGCUGCUCGUUUGGCUGAAGAACUGCGCCAAGAACAGGAACACAGCAUGCACGUCGAACGUAUCCGCAAGGGCCUUGAAGUACAAAUCAAGGAGAUGCAAAUCCGUCUCGAUGAAGCUGAAGCCGCCGCGCUCAAGGGAGGAAAGAAGAUCAUCGCCCAACUCGAAACCCGAAUUCGUAGCCUUGAACAGGAACUUGAUGGAGAACAAAGACGCCACCAAGAGACCGAUAAGAACUGGCGCAAAUCCGAACGCCGUGUCAAGGAGGUGGAAUUCCAAUUGGAAGAAGACAAGAAGAACCAAGAACGACUCACUGAACUCAUUGACAAACUGCAAGCUAAGCUCAAGGUGUUCAAGCGACAGGUUGAGGAAGCGGAAGAAGUCGCCGCUACCAACCUCGGAAAGUACCGUCAACUACAGGCUCAACUUGAUGAUGCUGAGGAACGCGCAGAUGUUGCCGAAAAUGCGCUAAGCAAGAUGCGUAACAAGAUCCGCGCUUCCGCCUCAGUGGUACCCUCUGGACCCGGUGGUUUGGCACAAUCCGCUAGUUCGGUCGUCCUACGAAGCAGCUCGUUUGCAAGAGGUGGCAGAGCAAGCGAAGACUUCUAAGCACCUUUUCUGUCCCUAAUUAAACGUUAUUACCCUUUGCAUAUAAUUUUUGCUCUGCUCUGUUGUCCGCCUUUGGUCAAUUAUGUGUGCUCAAAUCGUGUAUAUCCUUCUGCAAAAUGUUGUCUUCAUGUUUUCCUCAAAUUCCAUUCUUUACGAUAUCAAAGCUUUAGUGAAAAAAACUGUACCGUAUUGUUGAGAAUAUGGUCAAAAACCUACGAGCGCUCUAGUCAUGUGUAAUAUAUCCCUAUAUGGGAGACGAUAAACGUUCUCAAUAUGUA